GCUUCUGUGAGGGCCUGGCUCCAGCGGCUUCCGCACGCGGGCUCCUCGGAGAUCGCGAGGCCCGUGUUCAGCUUCUCAGAGGGAGGUCUCCAGCGUGCAAGCCGUGGCUGUUCCGGGCCUGUUGUCCUUCGGUGCAGGAAUCGCUUUUGGGGGGCUGAGACCCUUCAGGAGGUGACGGCUGGCUUCGUCGUGCUUCGUUCACUCUCUGUUCUCUGUUCUUCUUCAAGAGGCAUGGCCUUUGGAAAAGAGGAAAUGGCCCCUGUGCUGACAGCAAGGGUCCAACAGGAGCCAGUGACCUUCCAAGAUGUGGUGGUGGUCUUCACAAGGGAGCAGUGGGCUUACCUGGACCCUUCCCAGAAGGAGCUGUACCUAGACGUGAUGCUGGAGACCUACCAGAACCUGCUGUGCCUCCCCCUCCCAGCCCCCAGAGGGUUCUUUGAGUCCUUCCUCGGGAAAAGGCUUAGAGGAGACUGUUUGGCCUUCAGAGACCAGGGAGUCCUCAUCCUCUUGGAUGUGUGCCAGGCCCUGUGCUGGGCACAGAGACAAAAGCAACAGUCCCUGCCCUGCCCCCCACGGGAGCUUAUAUCCUAUUGGGGUUGGAAGAUGGAGGGAAACACAUGAACACAGGACUGGCCGUGUCCAAGCCGGAGGUGAUCUGAGAGCUGGAGCGCGGGGAGGCACCUUGGAGGCCAGAGGGGAGAGUCCCAGCACGCAGCUGUCCAGGAAACCCAAGAAGCAGCAUUCUCUGCUGGAGGAAUUGUGACAGACAGACGGAGGGAUGGACGGACAUUCAUUUUUCAGGGUUUCCUUUCCCCUGAGGUGUUGGUCUCCUUCCUGGCACAGUCACCUAAGCCCACCUUUCUCUGUUGUUUCUGCCGGUCCUUUUGCAUUUGUCUGACUUCAUCAUAUUUGGUGUUUGCAUGUCCAAAUGUGGUCUGCCAUUCUCCCAAGUCAGAAGGCAGGUUUUGCCUCUGCAGAUAAUUCUGCCACCAGCUCUUGUGCUCAUCAGUGAGUUUGCCUGAUCCAAGGUCUCAGCAGUAGCUUGUUGUCCUUCCUAAUGUGGAAUGUUUUCUACAACUGUCCCAUGCGUCCUUGUCCCGCCAGUAGCGCUCUGGUCCCUCUGGCUUUGGCUCUCUCCACCCACCUUUUACUGUCUU